AUGGAUGCAUACAAACAUCGUGUUGAUAUGGUGACUGUUUAUAUCGAAGAAGCACAUGCAUCCGAUGAAUGGCCCAUCGGUAGUCGAGUCUGUUAUACUCAACCGAAGUGUGACGCCGAUCGAAUCGGUAUUGCGCUGGAUUUUAUCAAAGCAACAGACUAUCGAAUACCUCUGUUGAUUGAUCCAGUAUCCCUUGGCAAUCCAUUCAGCAAAGAAUACAAUCCAUGGCCUAUUCGAUUCUAUGUGGUGGAUGGAAAGAAACGAUUGAGCUACAUAGCUGCACCGAUUGCAGGAUCAUAUCCACUGGAGUUGAUUCGAAAUGCACUGGAUGAAGCAAUUCAACAAUCUCAAUAG